UGCCUAUAUAUAAGACCUGGUCCUAUGCACGGUCCUUUUCACUGCAGACGACGGCUCGCACCGACACACUGUCUAACAUAGUCAAAGUUCACUGCAUCACGCCGCGAUCGACCGAGCUUUUCGAACGCUGUUCUACGAACGCUUUUCCGACGAAUUCGUCGACCGUCAACCGCUGUAAAGUAUAAUCAUAAUAUUAUAUAAUAUUAUCGACGACGACAAUGUGCGGAACAGCUAAUCACAAGUCGGAACACGGACACGGUCAUCCGCAUCACUUGUUCAGAGUGCAGGCGGCCGACGCAGCCGCCUACGACUAUUUGGCCAAAGAGACUAAGACACAGACGAUGGAGACUAAACGUCCGGCCGACCGGAAGAAGCCUGGCGACACGCUGACCGCCCUUACCAGAAGCACAGUCGAAAAGUGCACAUCGUUCUUCGGAGAAUUUCAGAAAUCGCCGGCCUACAAGGUAUUAUUCUUCACGCAACCAGCGCACGUGAUAAUGGCGUUAGCUGUAACUCUGGUAGCUGCAUCGAUGUUGCCCGGCGAUAUGAAAAAAACAUCUAACGUUACUGGUGAAAGUGUCAAACCAAGGACUUUUGUAAAUUUCGUGUAUCUGGCUGCGUUCUGCACGCACGUAGGCGCCCAGUUCUGGAUGACAUUUAUUUCCGGGUUGAGCUUGUACUUCAAUUUGGCCAGACACGCUUUCGGCGAUGUUCAAAAGAUCCUAUUUCCCAAAUACUUUUCGCUAAACAGUCUGUUGAGCGCCAUCACACUCAUCCAAUUCGGCAAGAUGCACGUCGCUGCCAACAUGUGGGACGUACACACGUAUUUACAGCUGUUCGUGUUGAGCCUGUGCUUCCUGCUGGAACUGAUGAUCCGGCUGUACGUGGUGCCGCCGCUGUUGCGGCUCAUCACCGUCAAGACGGCCAUCGAGAAGUCGGCGGGCGUCGGCAACGAAGUGGGCCGCUACGACCUGGGCCCGCUGGUCGACUGUCCGCACUACAUGGCCAUCCACCGGGCUUUCCGGCAAGUGCACCUGUUCGUGGCCAUCGGCAACGUGGUCACCAUGAUGUGCACUGCCUUCCACUUGGCGUACAUCGCGGCCUAAUGCCGCCACCCGCCGCCGCCACCGCAGCAGAACGACCGGAAGUCUUUCCUCCCACACACACACACACAUACACACACACACACACAUGCAACACCCGUUCGCCGUGCAUUAUUAUUAUGAAUAUUAUUUAUAAAUACCAGUAAAAUGUGUUACAGUGACGGCGGCACCGCGUCAAAUGUCGUUUUGUCCGUCGCGAGGCUGCAGUAAAUCGUCACUGUGACUAUUAUCAUAUAUAUAUAUAUAUUAUAUUAUUAUAUAUUUUAUGCUACAUAAUACUAAACUAUGAAUUCGGUGCCGGAUUUAAGUCUCUGUGGAGGCCACCGGAGUGCAGCCCAACAAUAUCGGAAGCCCCUUUAAAAGAACACAAAUAAAUAAGUAAAUAAAAAAUUAUCGUUUCCGAAUAACUCGACGAAUCAAUUACCUAUGUGCUUUCGAUAAAUGAUAAAAGAGCUGAUUUCAAAAACAAAAACGUUUCAACUGAGAAAGUAACCACCUCCCCCCAAUCAUCUUGAAUCGACCUUAGGGGCUCCCCGCAAUCCCUCCAUCCUGCAGUUAAAUCCGGCACUGACUUAUAUAAUACUAUAUGCCUACUACCAAUAUUACUACUACCACUAUACUAUUACUGCUACUACCACUACUACUACUGCUAUACAUAUAUAUUUAUAAAUAUAUAAACAUAUAUCUGCUGCACGCGCCGCCGUGCGCUCAUCAUAUAUAAUAUAUGAUAUAAAAUAAUA